GGGACAUGCCUCCGAGAAUUCCACAGCACCCCCUUCACCCGCGAGUAACCAUAAGUCUCAUUCAAAAGAGGAACCCCCAAAGAGGGACCCUUUGAAUCGCUUAAUAAAGGGGACUCCGAAGGACUCUAUUCCCCUAAGUAAGGGGCCAAGGCGUCAGAGAUCUUCGAGGUUCCACGUUACGGAGAAAGUCGAAUUAGAAAAAUUGCCGAAUUUUAAUGAAGUUUCACCUGACAAAAGACAAGAUCUUUUUUUGAGGAAACUCCAUCAAUGUUCAGUAAUUUUCGAUUUCAAUGAUGCGAGUGCUGACCUUAAAGGAAAAGAGAUCAAGAGGUCAACACUCACUGAACUCUUGGACUACAUAACCACAAAUCGGGGAGUUAUUACCGAGCCAAUAUAUCCUGAAGUAGUUUCAAUGUUCGCUAUCAAUCUUUUUAGAACCAUACCACCACAAGUCAAUCCUAUCGGAGAUGCAUUUGAUCCCGAGGAGGAUGAACCAGUUCUCGAACUCGCGUGGCCACAUCUGCAAAUCGUUUAUGAAUUUUUCCUUCGAUUCAUCGAGUCUCCCGAUUUCAACACAAAUAUCGCAAAGAAAUACAUUGACCUGCAGUUUAUAUUGCAAUUGCUGGAAUUAUUUGAUAGUGAAGACCCCAGGGAACGUGACUUCUUGAAAACCACCUUGCAUCGAAUUUACGGGAAAUUCUUAAACCUUCGCGCAUUUAUCCGAAGAUCAAUUAAUAAUGUAUUCUUCCAAUUCAUAUAUGAAACUGAACGUCACAAUGGUAUUGCAGAAUUGCUGGAAAUUCUCGGAAGCAUCAUCAAUGGUUUUGCGUUGCCACUAAAAGAAGAACACAAGACAUUCCUCACGAAAGUGUUGAUACCUCUACAUAAAGUGAAGUCGUUGACAUUAUAUCAUCCGCAACUUGCCUAUUGCGUGGUGCAAUUUUUGGAAAAGGACCCUUCAUUAACAGAAGAGGUCAUUUGCGGUUUGUUAAGAUAUUGGCCUAAAGUAAACAGCCAAAAGGAAGUAAUGUUUUUGAGUGAAAUUGAAGAAAUAUUGGAUGUCAUAGAAUCACAAGAAUUUGUGAAAAUUCAGGUACCUUUAUUCCAACAAGUUGCUAAAUGUGUGUCGAGUCCACACUUUCAGGGAGCUCCAUUGCAUUACAAUAUCGGAGUCACCUCGAAUUUGUCGAGAACAAACGUCCUCGAUGCCACUACCUAUAAUACAUUUGAUUCUGAAGACUUUGUUGAUGAGAAUCCAUCGAGCGGAGAGGAGGAUUCAGCGGAAGAAGAAGUGCAAAAUGAAGAAGAGGCGCAAGAGAAUGAUGACCACGGAGAACUUGUGCUAGAUGAAUCCGUAUUGUCCGAAUUAUCUCGGCAUCGUAGCUUGGAUGAAGUACUUAAUGGACCUCCGGAUGGAGGUGCACCAACAAACUCCUAA